CUCAAGAUGUCCUCCUCCUCCGCCACCGCCUCCGACGCCGACGACGGCCCCGUCACUGCCGCCGCCGACCCCGCCGCCGCGCCCCGGCGGCGUUACAAACGCCGAAAGGUCGCCAUUUUCCUCGGCUACUGCGGCGCCGGAUACCAGGGCAUGCAGAAGAACCCUGGCGCCCGCACCAUCGAGGGCGACCUCGAGGAGGUCCUCUUUCUCGCCGGCGCCAUCCCCGAAGCUGACCGCGGCCUUCCCCGCCGCUACGACUGGGCCCGCGCCGCCCGCACCGACAAGGGCGUCUCCGCCGCUGCCCAGGUCGUCUCCGGGCGCUUUUACGUCGACCCUCCGGGUCUCGUUGCCCGCCUCAACUCCCACCUUCCCGACCAGAUCCGGAUCUUUGGAUUCAAGCGCGUCACCAACUCCUUUAACGCCAAGAAGUUCUGCGAUCGCCGCCGGUACGUCUACCUCCUCCCUGUCUUCGCCCUCGACCCCUGCGCCCACCCCGAUCGGGAGGCCGUCAUCGCGAGCAUGGGGUCAGGGAACGAGCUCGCCCGGUGCCUCGAGUGCUCCGAACGCGGCCGGAAGGUCCCCGGUCUCAUGGGUCGAGAGCCGAGGACAUCAGGUGGUGAAGAAAGGAAUGAUCUUGACAGUGGUGGAGUAGGUGGGGAGGACGACAGUGCCUCCAAUUUGAAUUCGGAAACUAGGGUUUCGACUGGUUGUAUUGGCGAAGAUAGCAACAAAGCUAACAAAGCUGGCAAUGGCGAGUUUGAAUCAAAUAAGGUACAAAAAUCCGAGCUUGGCGGCAGUUCAGCGGGUGGAGAGCAUGGUGGCGCUUCUGAUUUGAACGUUAAAGAUGAGACUGAUGAAGCGAAAAAUGGUGAAAUUGAAUCUGGGGUAGAUGAUGGUUCUGCUGCUAAUUCAAUUCUAGAUUCUAUAGUCGAUUCUGGGGCUUCUAAAGUGGAAGAAUGUAACAAAUUAGGGAAUGUGGAUUUUGUAGUUGAAGAUAAAACCAUAGUGGAGACACUGGUUUCAAUGGAGGAAAAGGGUGUAGAAACUGGAGUUGGUGAUAAUACUAAUGGCAAGCAAAUGGCUGUGAGAAAAAGUGGGUUCUCUUAUGGGGAUGAGGAGAGGGAGAGGUUUAACAGAAUACUAAAGCAUUAUGUGGGAACUCACAACUUCCAUAACUUCACGACAAGAACUAAGGCCGAAGACCCCUCUGCUCGGAGGUAUAUUAUUUCCUUCAGUGCUGAUCGUGUCGUUAGUAUUGAGGGGAUUGAUUUUGUCAGGUGUGAGGUCGUUGGUCAGAGUUUCAUGCUUCAUCAGAUACGCAAGAUGAUUGGCCUUGCUGUUGCAGUGAUGAGGAACUGUGCACCGGAGUCAUUGAUGGAUACAGCAUUAAGAAAGGAAGUAAACAUUAACGUGCCAACUGCACCUGAGGUUGGAUUGUACCUGGAUGAAUGCCUUUUCACUUCUUAUAACCAGAAGUGGAAGGAUUCGCAUGAGGAGUUGUCCAUGAAAGCUUAUGCAGAAGAGGCUGAGGAGUUUAAGAUGAAGUACAUAUACACUCACAUAGCAUCUAUGGAGCACAAAGAAGGAGCUGUGGCAUUGUGGCUUCACUCCUUGAACUACCGUAAUUACCCUGAUUUCCAUUUUGUGGAGACAAAUAAGGAGCAUUUUGAUGCAGGACAAACUCAAGUUCCUCAAGCAGAUAACUUGAGAGAGUGAUUGCUUUUGGAAGAAAAUUGGUGUUAUCUAUCUUUUCUGCAUCAACAGAGGACAAAUUUUGUACUUUGUAGGAAGCCAUAAAAAGCUUCGAUCCUUCUGUAUCCAUCUUGGUAACUUUAUUUGAAAAAUAAUUUUGAAUCUGUUGAAAUAUUUGACAAAUAAUUUGAAUCUA